CAACCGGAAGUCCGUUUGUUUAUAGACCGCUUUAGGACGCAGGUGUGGAACAAAUUUAUCUAAUUUUAGAAACAUGGAAAAUGAAGAUGAGAUCCAAAGUAACGGCACCAAAACGCUGCUCAUUCGCCACUUACCAGCUGAGCUCAGCCAGGAUGAGAAGGAGGACUUCCUGAAGUACUUUGGAGCCAAAUCAGUCAAAGUCUUCCCAAACUGGGGUCGUCUUAAACAUGCAGCGUUCGCAUCAUUUAAGAGCGAGAGGAUGGCUGCAAAGGCUCUCAGCAGGCUUCAUCAGCUAGAGGUUCUGAAUCAGACGCUUGUUGUGGAGUUUGCAAAAGGCCAAGAUGACGUCGUAGCUUUAAAGGACCCGCCAGUUUCAGACGGUCAUGUGAAAGAAGAGCGGAAGUUAAAGGAGAGCAAACAACCAAAUAUCCCGCUUAUAGAGACCGGUGUUGCACCUGAGCACGGGUUGAAGUUUCAAUCAAAUCCCACGUUGAAAUAUUUGUACCCUUCGCCAUCGAACAGCAUCCUGACCAACAUAACGCACGCCCUCCUGAGCGUGCCCAAGUUUUAUGUUCAAGUGCUUCAUCUGAUGAACAAGAUGAACUUACCGUGUCCGUUCGGUCCCGUCACGGCCAGACCGCCCCAGUUUAUUCCCCUGCCUCCUGCUCCCGCCAUACCCAUGCCCCCUCCCUUCCCUCCCGACUACCCCCCGUUACCGGAGGAGGAGAUGGAGCUGUCCAGCGGUGAAGAGUCGGAAUACGAGAGCGGCGAUGACGAGGACAAAGAGAGGAUUGCUCGUCUGAUGGGCCUGGUCAACCAAGCAUGCAAGAGACCACUGAGACCAAAAGCAGCUUCAAAAAGAAAGAAGCCCAAGAUCAAAGAUCUUCUUUACGCUCCCAAACCAGACUCUCAGAGUGCUCCCGUCCUGCAGCCGUCCGAUGUGUUCGAGCAGCCGAACGCCGCCGGGCCCAAGAAAAUUGAAUUCCACAUCUCGGUUCAGGACGUGGCAGCUGCUGUGGAAGGGAGUGGAUCUGCACAGCCUCACGAUGAAGACAAAACGGCCGAGCGUGUGGCGGCCCCCAGCAGUGGUCAGGAGGCGACGGUGGCCGAAGGCUUCGGGAAGCUUUACCCCAGCUCCCAGACGUCCCAGCAGCAGGAGGCGCAGAACGACGACGAGCAGGACGUCGUGUCGGACGUCGUCUCCAGGAAGGAGCUGGAGAAAGGGAGGCUGUCCAAAGAUGAGAUAAAGAGGAUGUCGGUGUUUAAGAACUACGAAGCUGGCGAGCCGACCUGCAGGCUGUAUGUGAAGAACAUCGCCAAGCAAGUGGAAGAGAAGGACCUGAGGUACAUCUACGAGAGAUACAUCAACCCUUCAUCGGAAGCAGAGAGGAACAUGUUUGACAUUGUGUUAAUGAAGGAGGGGCGGAUGAAAGGCCAGGCCUUCAUAGGACUCCCGAGUGAGCAGAGCGCAGAAAAAGCCCUGCGGGAAACCAACGGCUUCGUUCUCCACGACAAACCCCUCGUGGUCCAAUUCGCUCGAUCCGCAAGACCGAAACAAGAUACCACAGAUCAUAAGAAAGGUCCAAAGCAACGGUGAACAUAACGGAUACCAAGCCUUGAUAUUGUGGCCCUCCAGAACCAUAUGUAUCCUUAUUCCGAUAUAUCCUUUGGAGAA